AUGCAGAAAGAAAAAGAUGCAAAUUCUGAACCUGUUCAGAAUUCUGUUGUUCAUGACAGCCCCCAAAGGGCUGCGCAUAGUAACCCCUUACCCAUUCUGGUUGAACCAGACAAUCAGCCCCCAAUAGAUGAGCCUUUAGGGAAUAAUUCCAUGGAAAAAUCCACUCCAAGGGGUUCAGCCCCUAAGCCAAAUAAUGAUACACCUGCUGCCUCAAAAAGACCUCCACCACCCUUUCCUCAAAGGUUACAAAAACAGAAGCAAGAUAAUCAGUUUAGGAAAUUUCUAGACCUCCUAAAACAGUUGCAUGUCAACAUCCCAUUUGUUGAUGCAUUGGAACAAAUACCCUCUUAUGUGAAGUUCAUGAAAGAAAUUCUUUCAAGAAAAAGGAGGCUAGAAGAGUUUGAGACUGUUGCUCUUACACAAGAGAGCAGUCAAUAUCUUCUUAGUAAGAUACCUCAUAAACUAGGAGACCCAGGAAGUUUUACAAUUCCAUGUACUAUAGGAGACCACUACAUAGGUAGAGCAUUGUGUGAUUUAGGUGCUAGUAUCAACUUAAUGCCUUUGAGUGUGUACAAAAAGCUGAAAGUAGGAGAGCCUAAUCCCACCACUGUCACAUUGCAGUUGGCUGAUAGGUCUUUAGUUUAUCCGGAAGGGAAAGUAGAGAAUGUUUUGGUGAAGGUAGAUAAAUUCAUUCUACCUGCUGAUUUUAUAAUCUUAGACUAUGAGGAAGACAGAGAGGUUCCAAUUAUUUUGGGAAGGGCUUUCUUAGCCACUGGUGGGGCUGUCAUAGAUGUUAAGGAGG